AUGGGAGGAAACGCUUUCAAGCAGUUGCUCCCGUCCGCGUCCUUCCCGAGGAUGGCUCCAGCAGUGUAUGACGCACUCAAGGCACAUCUCCUACCGAUUGUCCAACAGUUCUACGAGCACGCCGCGGUCCCAGCUGAAGCCCCAGAGAAAGCCCACCACGGCGACCUCGACUUCGUCGUUACCCAACCCCGCGAAGGGCUGCAGCACGAGGAGCUCAAGACUGCGCUGCGUGCGCGCUGCAGCAUCCCGCUGGAGGGGAACCGGACGAGCAAUUUCGCCCUGCCAUUCAGCGCAUUCAAGCACGUUCUACCACCAGACGCCGCCCCGGAACUGCUCACCGACGGCCCGGCGUCGGACGAAGGCGCAGGAGAGCAGGUCUUCCAGGUGGAUGUGAACGUCUGCGAGAACCACGCCCAGUGGGAACGCACCGUCUUCAACCACUCCUACGGUGACCUGAACUUCAUCCUCGGGCUCCUGGCGCAGACCGUGGGGACGAGCUUCAACACCUUCGGUCUAAAGCUCGCCGAGCCUGUCGCCUCGCUCCCCCCACAAACCUUCUGGCUCACGUCCUCCAUGCCCGCCGUCCUCGCCUUCUUCCGCCUCUCCCACGCCCGCUGGCUCGCCGGCUUCCCGACCGAAGCCGAGCUCUUCGCCUGGGUCGCGACCUCGCCCGCGACGCACGUCCUCGCCGCGCGCUACCGCUCCCCCGCCUACGCCGCGCCGGCGAAGAAGGACGGGCUCGCCGCGCGCCCGAUGCGCGCCCGCUUCCUCGCCUACCUCCGCACGCACGAGCUCCCCGCGCCCGACCCGUCGGACGGGGCCGCGGCCGUGCUGGCGUCGUGCGACCGCGCGGACGCGCCGCGGAAGCUGCGCGCGGCGCUCGAGUUCUUCGGGCGCGCGGCGGAGCACGACGCGCUGCUCCGCGCGGCCGCGGCGCAGCGGCGGGCGAAGGCGGUGCUGAACGGGACGAACGUGCAGGCGUGGACGGGCGUGGGGGGCAUGCCGGUCCGGUUCGUGAUCGAGGAGGUCAAGGAGCGGCUGGGCGCGCACGCGGAGACGGCGGACGUCGGGGAGGCGGGGGCGCAGGCGUGGCAGCGCGCACUGGUGGAGAUGGAGGACGAGGAGGUGCGUGCGUUGGUGGUGCAGGUCAAGGAGGAACUCGCGACCGCGGGGAAAUUGGAGUACGACUGGAAGGCGGCAAAGGCGGCGAAGGAGGAGCGGAAGAGGGCGAAAGCGUUGGUGUAUGAGGUGACUGGGGGAACCCCACCUAGCGAAGGAUGA